UCGUUUACUAUGAAACUGCUCCUUCUUCCUCCUAGACCGGCUGUCCCUCCCCCCUGCUAUGCUCCACGCCGCCGAACCAGAAGGAGAGCCUCCCCUUCCAUGGCGUCUCUCUCUACCCAUCACUACCCUCUCGCCGAACGUCCUCUGAGAUACGCCGUGCUCGGUGCUGGCUUUGCUGGACUCUCCGUCGCCUGGCAUCUUUUGCGGCACAGCCCGGAAAAGUUGCAUCUUAGAAUUGACAUAUAUGACGAAAGUGGCAUUGGUGGUGGUGCAUCUGGAAUUGCUGGAGGACUUCUUCACCCGUAUUCACCCAAAGGUCCUCAUCACCUCCCCGACCACCAGUCUGACUGA